AGCACGAGCGCAGGUACAGCACUCAACUGACAACACAAAGAACGCCGGAGAGAACAAACAAACAGCAUGUGCUUUUAAUUCAAACACUUUUUAAUCCUACCCCAAAGUGCUUCUCGUGUCUGCACACCGGGUGCCUUUUUAUUUGGUCUCUUCUUCUUUUUAAUAUCCUUCGAGUGAGUUGCAGUGUCAGUUGUUGGCUACCUGUCCCGUUAGGUGUGAAAGGAAGGACACAGGAAACGUUCAUUUAAAGUUCACUUGCUGAGCAACUACAAGACAAACGCCUCUAGAUAAGGGUCCUUGGCGGUCAUUGGGAUGAUAGUGAAGCGGGUUGGAGUCUGGAUUGAAGGAGCAUGGUGAAGCACCAACCAUUACAGGUCUAUGAGAGACAGCUGUGUUUAUCAUGUCUAACCGGGAUCUACGGCUGCCGCUGGAAACGUUACCAGAGGUCACAUGAUGACACCACCAAGUGGGAGUGUUUGUGGUCCCUCAUUCUCUUCUUCACUUUCUCCUUGUUGCUGGUGUGGUUUUACUUCUGGUGGGAAGCCCACAAUGACUACAGCGAGUUUAACUGGUUUUUAUAUAACCGUUCAGGGGAGUGGAGUGAUGGAACCGUUCCCAUAUUGGCCACCACUGCAGCUGGUUUCACCUAUAUUGCAUUUUUAAUGAUUUUAGCCCUGUGCCAUGUAGCUGUUGGGCAGCAGUUAAACCUUCACUGGCUCCACAAGAUUGGUGUAACAGUCGCUUUGCUCACUACAAUAAUUGGUGUGAUAUCUGUCACUCAGAUGUGGGGAGAAGAAUGGGAUGUAGUUUGGAUUUCUCUUCAGGCAACGGGUCCCUUCCUGCACAUCGGUGCUUUAGCUGCAGUUACUGCUUUAGCCUGGCUGGUGGCUGGACAAGUGGCAAGAGCUGAGAAAACCAGGUUUCAGGCGAUGGUUCUGCUCCUCUACCUGACUGUUCUCCUCACCCUCUACUUCAUUCCUCUGUCAAUCUCCUCACCCUGCAUCAUGGAGCGAGGGAGUCUCAAAGCAGCACCCGCCAUCAUCGGCCAUCAAGGAGCUCCAAUGCUGGCUCCAGAGAACACUCUCUUAUCUUUCAACAGAGCUCUGCAGAGAAACGUUAGUGGAUUGGAGACCGAUGUGACCAUCAGUCUCGAUGGUGUGCCGUUCCUCAUGAGAGACCGGACGCUAAGGAGAACCACCAAUGUGAGGAGAGUGUUUCCAGAGAGACAGUAUGAGGAUGCUUCACUCUUCAACUGGACUGAUCUGAGUACGCUCAAUGCCGGCCAGUGGUUUCUAAAGGAUGAUCCCUUCUGGACUGUGCAGUACAUGUCGACAACUGAGCGCUGGUCGGUGGGAAACCAGACCGUGUGCAGCCUGGAGCAGAUGCUCAAACUGGCGGCUAAGUACAAGAGCUCAGCUUUAUUCACAGUGCGCAGACCACCAGUCAGUCACCCGCACCACAACGACUGGGUCAACCUCACCCUGGACACUGUUCUGGGGUCAGGAAUACCACAACAACAGGUGAUGUGGACGGUGGACAGUAACCGGGAAAUGGUGAGGAAAGUGGCUCCAGGUUUCCAGCAGACAUCAGUGCAGAAGCUGCCCUUCGAUACACUCCAUCAUAAUGGCAUCAGCAGACUCCUGCUGCGUUACAACCAGGCCUCUGAGCAGGACAUCCGGCUGUAUAAAGAGAACAACAUCAGCGUGAGUCUAUAUACAGUGAAUGAGCCGUGGCUGUAUUCUCUGCUGUGGUGCAGUGGGGUGCCGUCCGUCUCCUCUGAGGCCCCGCAGGUGUUGAGGAAGCUGCACUAUCCACUCUGGCUCAUGACUCCAGAUGAGUACUGUUUGAUAUGGAUCUCCACUGACCUCAUCUCCUUCGCUGUAGUUCUGGGAAUAUUUAUAUUCCAGAACUAUCACAUGAUCAGGUGGAGAAUGAGUGGCAUGCGUAGCUACAACCCGGAGCAGAUCAUGCUGAGCGCAGCCGUCAGGAGAUCCAGCAGAGAUGUCAACAUCAUGAAGGAGAAGCUCAUCUUCUCUGAGGUGAGCAAUGGAGUCAACGGUGAUGAAGCAUAUUCAGAAAAUGGAUUUAACUACUACACCAAUUAAGACGUUGCUCACUGACACUGAUUGAGUGAAAAAUCACAUCACAUCCUGAACCAACAUGUGAUGUAUCCUCUGAACUACUGACUCAACUCUCAGUCUACUGUCAAUAAUGGGCCCUUGUACAGAAAUAUAGUUUUUUCUCCUGCUGUUAAGUUGCUUGUUUAAAAUUCUGGACAGUAAACGAUCAAAUCUGUGGCCUCUUUCCCCCCACGUAACGCUUGAGGAUGCUGGAAUGCACCUUUUGUUGCUUCGUAUUGCAAGCAUGCCUAGUGGAUUUUUACCUGUCGGUUUUUGGGGAUUUUAUUUUUUCUAAUCUUCCAUAGCCAGCCAAUGUGGAGUAGACCAUAUACAUAUAUAUUAAGCCAGUUUUUAUUUCCUAGACCUUGAUUUGGUGUGAUGAUAUUCACAGUCUAAUGAUGCCUUCUGUUCAAACGGUUGUGGGUUUUCAAGAACAACAACAACAACAACAAAAAGGUGUUUACUGAGUGCCUGCCUUUAGCCUUCCAGUGAUAUUUACUGUGUUUGAUUAUAUACCGACUGUUUAGCAUGUGGUUCAGUUGUCGUUAUUGGAGGCAAUCACCCAGCCUUAUCAUCUUGGUCAGUUUGAUUGGCAGAUUACAUGGAAGAUGUGAGCACGUGUUCUGCUUGUGUAUACAGUAUAUGGAAGCCAGAUUAAGAAGAACAGUAAAAAAGGUAACUCUUUCCUUUAUGAUUUAGAGUUUGUAUCAAUUUUCUCACAAUUUAAGAAAUUGCAAGAUUAUUCAGAGGGAAAAAAAGUCAGAAUUGCAAGGUAAAAAUAAACAAUUCUGUGUUUUAAAAAUCAGAAUGGUAAAUUUACACACUGUAGUUUUCUCAGAAUGUUUUAUAUGUUCUCACCAUUCUGACUAGUUGGUGGAGUUUAUCUCACAAUUCUGACUUUUUUGGGAACUGAAACUGUCUUUGUUGUGAGUUUAUACAGUCUUGCCGUUCUGACCUAAAGUAUUUUUGUAGGCUUUUUACAAUCAAAAUCAAUUCAAAUUGUUAAAUGCAAAGUUAUAAAAUAUCAAAUUCUAGAAAAUGGUUAUUGUACAUUUUCCCCACUAAUGUUAUACAAAUUUCAUGCAGUUCUGAGAUUUUGAGAUAUUUUGACUUUAUUUUUUGUAUUUUUUAUUCUUGCGAUAUGUUUUUUCCUCAGAAUUGACUGUAUCUGACCCAAUUGUAAGCUUAUCAACUUUCUUUAAUAAUUAUUUAAUAAAUUCAUCUUUAUUUAAAUUUUUAAUUUCGCAUUUGUGUAGUUGCAAAUUAAAACUGUGAUUUAACCUCUUAACUGUCGGUUAACCCUACUUUUUGAUCUUUGUCAUAAAAAUUAAGCCUUGGUGCAAAAAUGUAAACUUGGUCUCGUUUUAAAGAUGACAGAUGUCAGACUGUUGCUGAAGUGAAAAAAAGUACAAAAAGUGAAACAAAAACAAAAGUUAUGUGCCUUUGUUUAUGAAAAUUAUAAAUCAAUAAAUGUAUAUAUUUUUUGUUACAUUUUAAAAAACCUGUUUUAACCUAAAAUUGACAGAAAAAGCAAAGCUUAAUAUAAAAAAACCGAAAAUAUCCAAAUUUAAAGUCGAUAUCCCUUAAAAAAUCAGCUUUUGCAAGAUUUUGUUUGACCGCAGUACCAAACAUGACCACCAUUCUGUUUCCAUUGGUGCCAAUACAAGAGCGCCCCCAAAGUUUUAAGGAAUAUGAACCGUUUCUUUUUUUUAAUUCUAUUGACAAUAUUUAUAAUGUAGACAUACAAUUCUAAAGUAGUAUGGGAAGUUUGAUGGUAUUUGAUUUGAAUUUAGCUUCUGAAAAAGCAUCUAAAAAUUACAUGUGGAAAUCAAAGUAAUGCUUUACAGCUCUGAGAAUCCUUGUCGCAAAUUAUUAAACUGUUGCUCACUAAUAUCUAUCAAAAAUCACCAGAAGUCACCAGCUUUCAAGUGAUGUAUAGUUUGUCAUAAUUGCUUUAUGUUUAGACUACAAUAUCAAGGCUUUACAAUGUAACUGUAAAUGGUCCCACAUGUGACUGUAAAUGUGUUUUCAUUUAUUACUCUUCCUACGUAAUUGCAAAAAAGUGAUCUAAACUGUGACAGUUAAGGGGUUAAACAAAUCCGCAUAGUCAGAAUGUGCAAUAAAAAGACAAAGGAAGUCAGUUGCCUUUUUAAUUAAUGGCAGAAACAAGCUUCCCUACAUAAAUCCCAGUAAUUGGGUUAAAUUGGGGGAUUCUGGAAACCAAAUCUGAAAGAUCCAGGAAGAGUGUCUGGUAGAUAUAUAGUCUAGAUUUUAUAGUUGAACACUGGUCACAAAGGAAGCUGGCUUGGAGUUUGGAUGCAGUGCAAUAUUACUUGGACACUGUCCUAUAAUAAAAAGUGUUUGGAUAUUGUUCCGUGAUUUUCAUUUUAUUUCUAAACUUCGUUUUAGUCUCGUAUUCAUGUGUUGUACAGCUCGUGGCACUGCUGAGGUGCCCUGACCCGUGAUGUAAUGUAAAUGUGAGAUGUGACAUUGUUUACAGUGGUUUGUUCUGUCACACAGAGGAACGGGGCUGAACGCUUGUGCUGUUUGAUGUUUUUAUUUUGUAUUGAUGUGUUUCAGAGAUCAAUCAAUAAACAAAACUGCAGAUUUAA